CAUAGGAUCUGCUAGGCUUGCGCUGAGACUUCAGUCUUAACUGUCCUUUAUGAGCAUUCAUGUUUUGAGAUUUUACCACCCAUAUGAUGCUAAUGUGUUCCAGGCGAAUUCAUGUGGCGCUCUGGAAAACUGCCCGACCAGUCUCCUCCAUGAGCUGCGGACAGUUGUGCCCGUAGGUGUAUUCCGUGGGAGAAUCUGAUUUAUGAUUAUCCAGGACUGGCUAUUCCCUACUGACAACUUCUGAAUUACGCCACAAUGACAAUGCUUGAGAGCAUAUGUCUGGAGACGUUGAGUGCAGCUGCUGGGAACCUCCCAAAAUACAUAGCCACAGUCUGCUUGAUGAUGGCCCUGUUCUUCUGUAUUCGCUCGUAUUGGCCAUGGGGUUAUAAGAAUGCGAGAGCGCCCUUGCCUCCAGGACCGUGGGGAAUCCCAUUACUGGGAAACCUUGCUAUCCUGAGGAAAGGUUUUUAUUGCGGGGAGUGCAUCGAACUGGCCAGAAAGUACGGACCCGUAUUCAGACUCAAACUGGGUGUUCAAAGCAUCGUCUUAGUGAACGACUUCGAUCUGAUAAAAGAGAUCCUUUCUAAGAAGGAGUGUCUUUACCGUCCACGGAGCUGGAUAUUCAAGGCCACUGGGGGAGUAGGCUCUCUCAACGCAAAGGCAUGGCAGGAAAACCGUCGUUACUGCGUGAAGGCACUACGAGAACUUAGCACUGGGAGAAAAUCUAUGAUGAAUCAUAUAAGGGAGGAGAUUCGGUGCCUUCGGGACAAGGUGGCAGAAGCGAAAGGUGGCCCUAUGACGAUACGGUCCUUGCUCAUUUCCUGCGUGGUCAACGUCAUCGCUGAGAUGGUGCUGGGUAGCCGUUUCGAGUUCAACGACCCAAAGCUAGCAGAACUGGAGCAACACUUGGAUACUUUCGCUAAGCUGAUCUCUGGCGUCACCCCUGUGAACCCGCUACCUAAAUGUCUCAAAUGGAUAUCCGCGUAUAUCCCCGUUCUUGGAGGCAACAAAGGCCUGGAAUUGGCACGAGAUCUCACCAAUUUCUUUAGCCGUGAAGUCGCUCUCCGUUUGGAGACAGGGAAGUCAGACGCCAAUCGACACUUCAUUGAUGGCUACCUUACACUGAUAACGCAGCACCUUGGGCAACCCGAUCUGAACAUCAACAUUGACACCCUUCAUGGCAACAUGCUCGAUUUCUUCAUUGCGGGAACGGCCAGCUCGGCAGCCACCAUCUCGUGCAUUAUAUACCACUGCGCUAACCAACCGGACACCCUUCAAGCCAAGAUCUACGGAGAGAUAGAUAGGGUUGUUGGGUCCUGCAACACCCCGACGUGGGAAGACCACCAGGCUAUGCCAUACACAAUGGCCGUGAUAUGGGAGAUGCAGCGCUGGAAAACCCUCAAUCCGUUCAACCUGCCAAGACUAGCCGAGGAGGAUGUCUCGUUGAAUGGAUACCGGAUUCCCAAAGGAACCGUUGUCCUGGCCAACUUCUGGGCUGUUCACUUCGACCCCAAGUACUGGAAGAAUCCCGAAGAAUUUGACCCCUACCGGUUUCUGACGCAUGACGAAUCCGCACUCCUUUCGAAGCCAGAAUAUCUCCUUACUUUUUCAAUCGGAAAACGGAUGUGUCCCGGAGAGCUUCUGGCAACUGUAGACGUCUUCCUGUGCGUGACUACAUUGCUACAGAAAUUCCGCGUUCUUCCUGAGGAGGGUACCAGCUUCAGCGUAGCCACUGACCAUUACACGGAUCUGUUGGCAAAGAGACUGUGCUUCCUGUCUCGCCUUCCGGAGUGACGAUUUUAAGCUGGCUGCAUAUUCCGGAAAUUUAUGUCCUUGAUUAAAACGAAAUUACGCAAGAAGAAAAAGCCUAUCUAUAUAGGAGGGCUAGUUGACGUUCUCGUUGCCAGACGCCCACUGUCAGAAAAUGUUCGUGGCGUGUGUAAUUCUCUAAAUAACUGUAAUGCUUUCUUACCGCUUGUAUGCUAAUAAAGUGUAAUCUCGACUAA